UUAGGUCAAGUAAAAAGCAAAUAAACAACAUGCAAUACUUCCACUUCUUGUAUUACUUGCCACUUCUACUUGCAUUUUAUGUGCUCACCACAAAACUCAUCCAAAAAAUCCUAAGUUAUCCACCCACACCAUUUUUUUCGCUACCCAUCUUUGGUCACCUCUACCCUUUUAUAAAUAAGCCUCUUGCGCGAACCUUAGCAAAACUAUCCCAAUAUUACGGUCCAAUCAUUAUGUUCAACUUUGGCUCUCGCGCGGUACUUGUAAUUUCUUCACCUUCUGCCGCGGAGGAAUGUUUUCGUAAAAAUGACCUCGUCUUCGCUGAUCGCCCGGACUCUCUAGUGUCCAAGGUCUUAGGGUACAACAAUACGGCCCUCUUGGUCGCUCGGUAUGGACCACAUUGGCGCAACCUACGUAAGAUUUCGGCUGUCGAGGUUUUCUCGUCUCAACGCCUUAAUCUCCUUUCCACCAUUCGUCAUGACGAGGUGAAGUCGCUCAUCCGACGACUGUAUGUACAUUCGUCGUCGGAUGGCGAAGUUAGGAUGGUGGAAGUAGAGAUGAAGACAGUGUUCUCGGAGCUUAUGUACAAUGUCAUGAUGAGGAUGGUCACGGGGGAUUGUAGCUACUAUGGAGAUAAUGAUAAGGGGAGAAAAUUUAUGAAAGUUGUGGAGGAUAUAUUUAUGGUAGCUGAGUUGCCAAAUAUCGGAGAUUUUGUGCCUUUUUUGAGGAAGCUUAAGUUUCAGGGGUAUGUGGAGAAAACUAUACGUGAAGUUCAUGAGAAAUCAGAUUGUUUCUUGCAAGAGAUGAUAGAAGAUCAACGAUCAAAGAUGUUUGAGGAUAAGCAGGAGAAAGGUUUGAUCGAAGUUCUACUGUUAUUGCAAAAUAAAGAACCUGAAAUUUACACGGAUCAGAUUAUCAAAGGCCUUAUCGUAGUAAGUUCAACAAAUAAAAUUUCUUGCAUGCAUUUUUUGAUUCUAAUGACCUUAUGA